GGCUGCCAUGCAGGAAGGGACAGGAGCCUUGUAGUGUGUGUCCCAGCAGGGAGCAGCGCCCACUGGCACCGUGACACCUGCCCAGCGGCGGAGCACAAGAAGCAGCAGCAGCGCCAACGUCAUGUGAGCGAGCAGGAAGUGCUGGGAAAGUAGUGGGUGGCUGGCUAGCAGCGGCGGCGGCUUACUGCCAUGGGCUAACGACGCUCCUCUACACUUCUGCUGUCCAGCACUGGGAUGGCUGCUUCCAGCAACUCCAGCCUGUCCGGCUCCUCUGUGUCCUCAGAUGCAGAGGAAUACCAGCCUACAGUCUGGAAAUCUUACUUGUAUCAGUUACAACAGGAGGCUCCACGACCCAGGAGAAUCACAUCUUCUCUGGAGGUGGUGAACAGACCAAAGCAUUAUGGAAGGGAGUUUCAUGGCAUCAUUUCCCGGGAGCAAGCAGAUGUGGUGCUGUGUGGAAUGGAAGGAGCGUAUCUCAUUAGGGAAAGUCAAAGACAGCCCGGCUGCUACACAUUGGCACUUAGGUUCGGUCAUCAAACCUUAAACUACAGACUUUUCUAUGAUGGAAAACACUUUGUGGGAGAGAAAAGGUUUGAAUCCAUUCACGAUUUGGUAACAGAUGGCCUUAUAACUUUGUAUAUAGAGACAAAAGCUGCAGAGUAUAUUGCAAAAAUGACAACAAACCCUAUUUAUGAACAAAUUGGAUAUACAUCCAUGCUGAAAGACAAAAUUACCAGGAGGUUGAGCAGAACCAAGAAUGAAUCAAAGCGGAAAACUGUGACAAAUGAAAGCAAGUCUGUGGACAAGAUCACUUCUCUGGUCCGAAGAGCAGCAAUAGCCAAAAAUGACAACCAUUUCAACUACGAGAAAGCACACAACUUCAAGGUUCACACGUUCCGGGGGCCACACUGGUGUGAAUACUGUGCCAAUUUCAUGUGGGGUCUCAUUGCUCAGGGAGUCCGUUGCUCAGACUGUGGGCUGAAUGUACAUAAGCAGUGUUCCAAAUAUGUACCCAACGACUGUCAGCCGGACCUGAAGCGCAUAAAGAAAGUCUACAGCUGCGACCUGACCACCCUAGUGAAAGCACACAAUACUCCCAGGCCUAUGGUGGUGGAUAUGUGCAUCCAGGAGAUUGAAGGAAGAGGUCUAAAGUCAGAGGGUCUGUACAGAGUCUCUGGAUUUACUGAGCACAUCGAAGAUGUAAAAAUGUCCUUUGAUCGAGAUGGUGAUAGAGCCGACAUCUCCAGUACUCUCUACCCCGACAUCAACAUCAUAACUGGAGCACUGAAACUCUAUUUUAGGGACCUGCCAAUUCCAGUGAUUACCUAUGACACGUAUUACAAAUUUAUGGAGGCGUCAAAGAUAUCCAAUGCAGAUGAGAGACUAGAGGCAAUACAUGAAGCGCUUAUGCUCCUGCCACCCGCACAUUAUGAGACUCUCAGGUUCCUGAUGAUCCAUCUGAAGAAGGUUGCACUGAAUGAGAAGGAUAACUUGAUGGGAUCAGAGAACCUGGGGAUAGUGUUUGGCCCAACACUGAUGAGGCCUCCAGAAGAGAAUGCACUCGCCUCUCUAAAUGACAUGAGACACCAGAAGCAAAUCGUGCAACUUCUAAUACAGAAUGAAGACGUUUUGUUCUAAGAAAUGAAGGACUGCCAUUGGAUUGGCUGGUGGGAAGAUAAGCAGUGAGAUGAAGUUGAUGGUUCACUUGCUGGACUUGGAUUUUCAGCUGCACUGUGGACAGAAUAGAUGCCAAAAUGUAAAUGAUGACAUGUCUCAUAGACAUAAUGUAUUUAUCUUGUUUAAUUGAGGAAAAACAUUCUUGAGCGGAGGUCCGAGCGAGUCUUUUGUUUGCCUUUACUUGGCCUUUACUUAUUUUUUAAUGUCUAAUCAGUAAAGAAACUAUUUUUUUUGUCAACCCCAAAAUGAAAUUAAGGUUUGGUGAUGUUAUCUAUAGCUACACUCUGUAUUUACCUGUAAAUACCAUGUCAGACUUCCAGCCAAGCCUUAGUUAGUAACUGGGAAAAACAGGACACGCAUCCAUCCUCUAUAAUAACACCAGUCGUUUCCCAGGCCAUGAACAAUAAAUGCACACUUUAUUUAUACAUUCAUGGGGGGUAUUAGGAGAACACUGAACCUGAAUGGGAUUUCCUUGUCUGGCCACUGCAUGCCAAACAUUAGCGAACAUGAGGGCUCAUUUGCUAAUGCUAAAAUGCAAAGUGCUAGUCACAAAGGUACUUGCUCCCAAAUGCAGGUGACUUAGGCUUCUCUAAAUAAGGUUCAGAGGUGCAGUGUGCACGAUGCUGUAAUAGCGCUUUCAGCGCAGUGUGCAUGGUUGCAGGGCCGCCAUCGGGGGUGAGGGGUACUGUUGUGCCAGGCCAAGUGAAAUCUACAUCUGAUGUGGGGCCCAGCUGUAUUACAUAAAUUGCAUAAGUUAUGUAUAAAGUUACAUCGAAACUUGUGCGAAUGUAAGUAACUUCCACAAGAACUUGCAGAACUUGUGUAUCAAGCAAAAGACAAUGCAGAGAAGCUUGACAGGGGCAGACUCCACUGACCCCUACAUUCCACUGUCCCACCCCCACUGAGCUGACUGACUUAUUAGCACAAUAACUAUUUAUUUUGACUAUUUGAGCUGUUUAUUAUAGCGUAAUGUCAGCUGUUUAUAUUGGGAUUAAAUGAGAGUCUCCUGCAUGAACUUCUCAGCAGAGGACUGAUUGGUUAUUUAUGUAACUUGCAAAUGCAAAAACUUACGUUACUUUUAUAUCAACUUACAUAUAAACUCCACUGACCCCUAAUUAAUAGACUGACUACUACUACUACUGACUACUUCUACUGACUAGUUAUUGGUCCCCGCAGCAAGAUCACUUGUGCAGUUUGGCAAAAACUCAUGUAACCAAAUCAAGUGAUGACAGUGCUUAUUAUAGCGUAAUCAGCUGUUUAUAUUGCACACACAAGGGGUGUGACCAAAAUUUUGUUACUGUGCACUUUUGUUCAUGGGGAGCCCAUAUUAUGGGGCAAGUUUCUGAUGGCGGCCCUGCAUAGUUAGUUGUACAAUAAUUAUCACCCUUUGUACCUCCAAAAUCCCCUCACAGCCUACACCCAGCAAAGCAUGCCAAGCCUAUGAUUAAGUGCCCUAGGGCACAAAACACGCUGUUAUAAGUCUUAUGUUUGCUUGAAACAAACCAACUUUGCCUCUUGGUUGGAUCUGUGAGUGCCGACUGCACAUUAAUGGUAUGAGCUCCUCGAGCUGUAGGCCUGGGGCAUUUGCAGCCAGACCCCAUGUAGUUACUGGGCGCUAAUCCACCUGGGUUUACAUAACACUGCAUUGCCAGUUACAAAACUGUAAUUUACAUGGUUUAACACUUUUUCAAUUGGCACUAGCUAACAUAAAUGAGCCCUACAUUCUACAAGGCAGGAACUCUGUGUGGAAUAUUUUUUUUAAACAGUGUUAGAGCUUCCGUUUAUAAGAGUAUAUAUAAAAUAUAAAACCCCUAAAAGUAAUUUUGAUCUUUAUGUGUAGAAAUAGCUAUUGUUUGUGAGGUUAACCAGUUCAAAACCAAUAACGCUUGCUCAUUGGGUCAUUUCUUUGAUCUCGGGACAAUCCCUUCAUAAAACUCAGUGUUUCCAGCAGGUUUUCAGAGAACGUAUUUAUCACCUCAUUGAACCACAUUAAUAAAGUUUUUCAUGCGUUUGUGUUUAUUUACCCUUUUCAGUAUUGUUAGCUUGCAAGAGCACAGGGUUUAUUUGUAUGAAAUGUAUCUUGUAUUUCCAAGCACCUUGGCAGUAUAACUGUGCCCCUUUUGUACAAAGCUCUCCUCGUCAUGCUUUUAUAUCCCCCCUCCCCGAGCCCUUUGAUCUUAACUUGUUCCAUAGAACAGAGGCGCUGAUAUUCACUGCCCUAUAUCCAGAAAACAGGGUUUGUAGCAACUGACCAAAUUGCAUCAUUAGCAAAGGCAAAUAUGCUAAACCAAUACCUGGGCCAGGCAUUGAUCUGCUGUAGGUGGCCAUGAAUACUGAUAAAUUAGCACUUUUGUUGUUGCUGUAUAAUGAAUUUCCUGGACACAUGUAUACUGUGUUUGUUGGUUUGUAGAACCAGUGCAUUUUAUAAGAUGUUGUUUCAUUUGUCCACAUUUUAUUUCUUGCUGACUUAACAAAUUGUCCAUCAAGUGGGGUUUUGUGCUUUGUUUUUAUGAACCCGUCCUUUGCAGAUAAUAAAGCACCACUGGUGAAAGACACAAGUCCAUAUUUAUUAAUAAAACUGCUAAUAUGACCAGACAGUGGUUCCUUACAGUCUGUAUAGGGCUGACAUUCAGGCGAUCGGGGGGACAAUGUGUGGGUGCUACUCUGUGGAACCACCUGGAUUGCACCCCAAACUAGUGUACUAGUGCUCCAACAAACUCCCCCAUUAUCAAUAUGCACAAUUUCAAAUAAAAAUAAAAUGUAAAGCCUA